AUGGCUCAGCCAGGAGUUCAGUCGCUGAAGUGUGUGGUGACGGGUGACGGUGCCGUCGGAAAGACAUGUUUGCUCAUUUCCUACACAACGAACGCCUUCCCCGGCGAGUACAUCCCCACUGUCUUCGAUAACUACUCUGCGAGUGUCAUGGUCGAUGGAAAGCCAAUUAGCUUGGGACUGUGGGAUACUGCCGGUCAGGAGGAUUACGACAGACUGCGCCCGCUCUCCUACCCCCAGACCGACGUUUUCCUCAUCUGCUUCUCCAUCGUCAGCCCGCCAUCAUUUGACAACGUCAAGGCCAAGUGGUACCCCGAGAUCGACCACCACGCGCCCAACAUCCCCAUCAUCCUCGUCGGCACCAAGCUGGAUCUGAGAGAAGACCCCAACACCCUCGAGUCUCUCCGCCAGAAGCGCAUGGAGCCCGUGUCAUACGAUCAAGCUCUGAUCUGCGCCAAGGAAAUCAAGGCACACAAGUACCUGGAGUGCUCUGCCCUGACGCAGAGAAAUCUCAAGAGCGUUUUCGACGAGGCUAUCCGUGCUGUCCUCAACCCCAGGCCUGUUCCUCAGCAGAAGAAGAAGUCCAAGUGCACGAUUUUGUGA